CCGAGAGGGUUCUUGAGCUUGUGCCGCCAGAGAUGCUGGACGGCAAGAAGGUGCAGAAAGCCUUCCAUGUGACGACGCUGUACCUGGGUCGUGACGCCUGCAAUGACCCUGUCCUGCUGCAGCAGCUGGUGGGGCUGCUGGGCGAGUCCAUUGAGCUCACGCUGACGAGCGUUGCGUCUGAUCCGAAGGGGACGGCGAUCGCGGUGCGCAACGAGGGAGAGUUCCCCUGCGAAAAUGUUCAUCCGCACAUCACCAUCGCGAACGCGCCGGGUGUUCCGCCUGUGUACAGCAACGAGCUGCUGGACGAUUCCCAUGCAGAUGACCCGUGCCGCACCGUCGUCAGUCUCCCCGCCGGCACACGCAUCACCGGGACAUUUGUCUUCAGGUAG